GUUUUCCGUUGAUGCACCGCUCGUGCACGCGACUUUGAUGCUCGCGCACUGUACGUGUCGACACAUCGACUGAGACGCGGAAAUCGAGUGGCGGCGACCUAAAAAAGAUGUGGAAGUCAGUGGUGGGGCACAAUGUGAGCAUGAAGGUGGCCGCAGAAGGUGACGACUGGGAGACCGAUCCGGACUUUGAGAAUGACGUAUCGGAACAAGAGCAGAGAUGGGGGGCCAAGACCAUUGAAGGUUCUGGCCGCAAAGAGCCCAUCAGUGUUGCAGAACUGAGGCACAAAGUGGCAGUGGAGCACGAGCAGGUGAAACAUCAGGAGAUGACUCCAAAAGCGUCGUACGGCUACGGAGGCAAGUUCGGCGUGGAGACGGACCGCAUGGACAAGGCGGCGGUGGGGCACGACUACGUGGCUCAGGUGCAGCAGCACAGUUCCCAAAAAGAUGCAGCCAAGGGAUUCGGCGGGAAGUUUGGCGUGGAGAAAGAUCGGCGCGACAAGUCUGCUGUGGGUUUUGAGUACAAAGGAGAAGUCAAGCAGCACGCGUCCCAGAAAGAUUACGCCAAAGGCUUCGGGGGCAAAUACGGCGUGGAAAGGGAGAAAGUGGAUAAAGCCGCCCUGGGCUACGACUACAAAGGGCAAACGGAGAAGCAUCAGUCGCAAAGAGAUUAUUCCGCGGGCUUCGGAGGUCGAUACGGAGUACAGUCGGAACGCAUGGAUAAGAGCGCAGCCGGGUUCUCCGACAGGGACGCCCCAGCCUCCGCUUACGAGAAGACCCAGCCGAUAGAAGCCUCCAGCGCCAACGCCGCCAAGAUGAAGGCCCGUUUCGAGAGUCUAGCCAAGGCCUCGGACGAGGAGAACAGCAGGAGAGUGGAAGAAGAGAAGAACAGGAGGAAGGAGAGAGAGAAACGAGAACGACAGGAAGCGGAGCGCAAACAGCAGGAGCAAAAGAGCAAAGAGGAGCCACUUCAUCUUGAAGAUGUUCCACAAGUGCUUGCAGAGUGUGAAGCUUCACCGGAGAUCAGACAGAACACACUGGAAGAACCACAGUUAACACCGGAACCAGAGUUGAAAACAUUUGACGACGCGCCUCCGGCUUUACCUUCGCGCUUGGACCACUUCCUGCACUCGGACCUUCCCCCUGACGAUAUUUACGACCAAGUCACGGCAGAAGAGCAGGACGGCGGCAACGAGUACGAGGAGGCUCCGCCGCCGCUGCCGCCUGUGCUGGAAGAGGGAGGCGAUGAGUACGAAGAACUCGAGCCGCCAGCAGCUUGCUCAGAUGUCUACGAGGACCUGUCAGCCGGCAUCCAAGCCGUCGCCAUUUUUGACUAUCAAGGCGAGGACGUGGACGAGAUCUCCUUCAACCCGGACGACGUCAUCACCGACAUCGAGAUGAUCGACGAGGGCUGGUGGAAGGGACGCUGCCACGGACGCACUGGGCUUUUUCCAGCCGCCUACGUCCAGCUCGUGCAGUGAGAUGUCGACGCCCAGCGCCGGGCUCGCCGCAAUCCGUAAGCCGAGCACUAUAGUCAGACAACUCUUAGAUUUGAUGGUUCAGUUGUUUAUAUCGAAAGACGUGCAUUUAAGCAGACAUAAAGGAAAUCAAAAUA